AUGUGUUUAAAAGGUGGAUAUGAGGUUCCAGCCAUUCCUUCGGUGGGCUCACCAUGUCGCAGCUCGUUUACCACUGAUGCAACCAAUUGUUUGAGAACCUUCCAUCAUAAAUUCGCUGCAAACAAGUCGGAUCCAGAUCUUUGCUCGUAAGUUGAAUCUUAAAAAAAAUAAUUUAAAGUCUUCCCAGUUAGCUACGUGCCAAGAACAAUCCACUAUACUUAACUCCCAUAUUAUCUAUGACCCUAUAGGGUGUGGUGGCAGUCAGUGGCCAUGGUUUGCAAAUAGUUUAGAAGUCUACCUAUGCUUAAUGUCAUAAUUAUCCAUUUUUUCCCCGACCUUCAGUCUCCUCUCAUUUCCCCACACAGCAAUGUUCCCCGGCCUUUUCCUUCAGAAUUCCAGGGACAAGCUUGUCAAAUCUCGCCAGUUUCAACUUGCAGUAGAUCGAUAGGGAAAAGUCACUGGACGGAAAAAUGGAUUUGGACAAAUUUACUCCUGGCAGAUAGGGGCAAAAAUGGUAAAUGCCACAUUUGCAUGGUCCAAAAAACAGGGGGUGUAAAUAACUGGGCAAUGCAAAUGUUGCAUUUACCAUCUUUGCCUCAGAUUUACUCAUCUGUUUUUAAAAUCUUGCGACAUAUUUGCCAAAAGCAAAUUUGUGCAAAAUCCUUUUUUUCGUCCAGUGAGUGAUGCCGAGCCAUUAAGGGUUAAAGAAUUUAACUAGGAGAUAGUUAAGGAGAUAUUAGGAACGAUUAUGCAAAGUAGAUUGAGUCCCUCUGCCUCCCCAAUUUCUCUGCUCCGCCCGAGCAGCCCCUUUCUCCCUUUCGCCACUUCAGCCGCCCCCUACCAUAAAAAAUUCCUGACACAUUGGUCUCUCUUCAUUUCGACAGGGAAAAUGCCAAAGCAAAGAAGUGCCUGAAGAACCUGUCACGGUCGGAAUGUACCUUUUCAUCUUCUGACCAGGAAUUAAUAGAUUUGAGCUACAACGACUACAAUCCUUUCUGCAAUAUAAUCGAGAUCCUGGAGCAACAGGAAAUGACCAAUGUUAUGGUGUGA